AUGAACGUCCUCCGCGCCCUGCACCCCCCGCCGCUGCGCCCGGCGGCGUCCGCGGCGCCCUCUGCUCUGCGCGUUGCGGCGUGCAGGCGCGUCGCACCCGCUCGCUCCUAUGCUGCUGAGCGCACACCCUUCGUACCCCCGGCCGCGGCCGACGAGCUCGGCGAGGACCUCGCGGGCAUCACCGACACCGUCUUCUACCCGCCGACGCCGACGUUCUACACCGGGCGCUCGCAUCUGUAUGACCAGCUAGCCGAACUCCAGCGCGCGACGAGCCUGGUCAACGCCGGUCUGCGCCAAUUACACCUCUUCCCGCUACCACCGUUCGCGCUCGCGUCACUGCCCUCCAUCCAGACCUUCUGGCUCCCGCAUGCCGAGAUGUCGGCCGCAUUCGAGACGAAGCUCUCGAUCUCGCGUUACCGCCAGAUUGUCAGCCUGCUGAACGAGCUCGACCGGUACCGCAGCAUCGCCGAGGUCGCCGGCCACGCUGAAUAUGCGGACAAGAUCGGGGACCUGCUCUCGCUGUACGAGUCGACGAACAAGAGCCAGAAGUUGCGUCAGAACCGCGGGAGGAAACCCAAAUUCGACGAGUGGGGACGGAGCUAUACACUCGGCAAGAGAAAGGAGAGCGCGGCCAGGGUUUGGAUGAUACCCGUGCAAGGUCGGCUGCAGGGCGGUGCUGCCGUCAAACACGCGAGUUCAACCUCAUUAACUCAAUUGUCACCUCGCCCUGAAUCCAUCUCGACCACCACUAUCCUCAUCAACAAUGUGCCUCUUGCUCAAUAUUUCCCAAUCCCAGCAGACCGUGAACGGAUAGUGCGGCCCUUGAAGCUCGCCGGUGUCCUCGGCGCAUAUAACGUCUUCGCCCUUGUUCGCGGUGGCGGCACCUCGGGCCAAUCCGGCGCUGUCGCCCACGGAGUUGCACUAGGCAUUGCUGCUCAUGAGCCAGAUCAGUUACCUAUGCUCAGGAAAUCAAAGGUUGCCGUACGCGAUCCUCGACAAGUCGAACGAAAGAAGACGGGUUUGCUCAAGGCUCGCAAGGCGCGCACUUGGGUCAAGCGGUGAAUCUUCCAUCUUUCCAUCGUCGAUUCAUAUAUCCGUGUCCAGAGAGAGGGCCAGACGAUUCCACUGCACAGAUGACACAUUCCAUCGCAUCCGGCAGGAAUGCAAGCACGUACACGUUAUCUGUAUGUCACGGUUGCUACAUAUUGAAUAUCAACUCUACAAUUUGCGAGACGUCG